AUGAAGAGAAAUUCCCAGGAUGAUGAGAUGGAGGAUCGUCGACGUAGAAAGGAUCGAAUCUGGUGCAGGAUACAGGCGGCUGAAGAGAGGCGUCGAUUUCUUGAUGGUGUACCCUCCGAAUCUGACGCUAAUGCUUCUGAAGUGGAAACUGUGUGGGUGGUACGGAAUUACGAGAUUAAGCCAGACCUGCGUACCAGAGAACUUCAAAAGAUUGCGAAGCAGGUUGAAGCUGAACUCGAAGCUGAGUACGAAGCAGAGGAUGACUCGGACUCAGAUGAUCCUAAUAUCCACCCAGACUUCAUCAAUGGGCGCGAUAGUGAUUCUGAUGAAGAACUCGAAGAGGAUUCUGCAAAGGACAAUGAUGAUGAAUCUGAUAAUUCUGACAAGUCUGAUGACUCUGACGAAUUUGACAAUUAA